GUCGUUCACCGCUGACGUAUUUUAAAAAACAUUCUUAAUAUUACUCAGGCGUAUGUUCUUUAAACCAUUGUCUUGAAAUUGGAUUUCAUUAAACUGUUUUGUAACUGCCUGAAUUUAAUUUCGAAAUUCGAAAGGAUUUGCUCGCAGAAGGUGAAAGGUUAGAGUUCAACCAUUACAUGUGACAUUGAGCGUCGCUGCAAGCCGGGAGAAUGCGGCUAACAGCGCUGCUGGCGAUGGCCGGACGGGUCAAGGUACCGCCGGACUACCGCUUCGGCACAAAUCGGCCGUGGACCAUCGCCGCGCAGAGACUCAAUCCACCCGGCAAGCGGAGAAGGAAGGUGUUCGUCGACCACAUCCCGCACGAUGAGUGGUCGGUCUUCAGGGGCGAUACGGUGGAGAUCCUUUCCGGGAAGGACCAGGGGAAACAGGGGAAGGUCACGCAGGUCUUCCGGAACCGCAACUGGGUCAUCCUGGAGGGGCUCAAUACGCAUUACAGGUACGUGGGUAAAACGGCGGAUUAUCGGGGUACCUACAUGGCUAGUGAAGCCCCCCUGCUGCUGAAAGACAUCCGCCUGGUGGACCCCUCUGACCGGAAGCCCACGGAGGUGCAGUGGCGCUUCACGGAGGAGGGGGAGAAGGUGAGGGUGUCGGUCCGCACGGGACGCAUCAUCCCCAGGCCCGUGUUCCAGCGCAAGGACGGCAUCGUUCCGUCCCAGUGGAAGGACGGACCCAAAGACACGUCCCCGGAGGACACCCUGGAGAAGACAUACACCCCCACCCUCCGCACCCUGGAGGAGGAGGUGAUGGAGGCCCUGGGCAUCCAGGAGCCCCGCAGGGCCCGCAAGAGCUACUGGUACUGAGGGGCCGGGGCCUGGUGGGACCCUGUGGGGCCCUGUGGGGGGUCGGUCGAUCGCCUCUUCUCCUGACCCUCAAUUUCACAUCAGUCCGGCGUUCCUCUGGGGCCAAGCCUGGGACCUUCAUAUAAGUUACAAGUGUUAAUGGGGCACCGCACUGGAUGAGUGAACUAAUUAAUCAUGGUUAAAGGGGCAGUUCACUCAAAAGUGAAAUUAAAGUAUGUUUCCAGUUUCCCAGAGUACUUGCUAUCGAUCCAGAAAGUUUCAUUGAGAUUUUACGAUUUUUUUGAUUUACUGAGUUCCCUAGAUUCAGUUCAUGGUGAUACAAGAACCCUUUAUUGACCCUAUGGAAACAUACUUCAGUUGAAUUUUUGGGUGAACUUCCCCUUAUGGAACUUCUUCAGUUGAAGUUGAGGCCUUGAUUAGUUGAGUCAUGUUUCAAUGCGUGGAUAUAACUGUAGCCUGCGCACACACACACACACACACACACACACACACACACACACAAUCCUGAAAUAACAUUGGGCACGUCCUCCUUUGGAAGGACAUGGUAGGGUUCCGGUAAAGGCCCUGGGCGUCCCGUUUUUGCUGGAAGUACGUAGAAUCCCAGCGGGCAAACGCCAGCCUAUUCUGCCGGACCUGAAGGUCAGGUUAUUGAAGCGAUGUUAUUUUGUGUGUUGUGGCGCAGGACAGAUUUAGAACAGACCUGUUUAACUCACAGCCCGCCUAUCACAGGAUGCCCAUCGCCGUCAUGACCUCACUGGAUUAGUCCACUGCUUAGCCAAUCAGGACAGGGCAUGUGCUGGCGGGUUGGAAUUUGCCAGUAACUGCUCACCCCUUUCGGCUGUGUUCCGCAAGGGGCUUAUUUGGUUCACGCUUUGUGUUUCUGGUCGAUGCGUGGGUGUGUGUAAAAUCUGCCUGUAUUGCGUCUCUGUUUAUCACAUUCUCUGAACGUUUUGUAAUGUGUUUCUCUUACUUUCUUAGGAAAGAAUUAAUAAAUAUAUGAAACAUA